AAACCCAAACCCUGAACCCUAGCUCGGCCUCCACGGCUGAUCCCCACUCCCCGCGUCGGCGUAGCUCCUCUCCUCCCAGAUCCGAGAAAGCGAAGAGCAGGUCGAACAAAUCCGCUCCUCCGCCGAUCCCACGUUCUCCGUUGGAAGGAGGGCAGCGGAAGCAGGAGGAGGAGGAAGAUGUCGUCGCUGCGGAACGCGAUCCCGCGGCGCGCUCACAAGGAGCGUGCCCAGCCGGAGGCGAGGAAGAAGUUUGGGCUUUUGGAGAAGCACAAGGACUAUGUCGUUCGGGCGGAAGCUUACCACCGCAAGGAAGAAACAAUCAGGAAAUUGAAGGAGAAGGCAGCGUUCAAGAACCCAGAUGAGUUCUACUUUAUGAUGAUCAAAAGUAAAACUGUUGGUGGAAUUCAUAAGCCUAAGCCUGAAGCAAAUAAGUAUACCGAAGAGGAACUUCUGCUGUUGAAAAAUAAAGAUAUGGGAUACAUCCAUCAGAGUAUUCAAAGUGGAAAAAAGAAAAUUGAAAAGUUGAGUUCUGUGCUUCAUGAGCUGGAUAACAAGCGUCCAAACAAACAUGUUUACUUUGCUGAAGAUAGAGAAGAAGCUAAAGAAAUACAAUCCAGGAUAGAACAAAGCAGCAAGUUACCUGGUUUAGACAACAUCCCUUCCCGCAUAAAGAGGAAGACAGCUUCUUCAUACAGGGAGUUAGAAGAGAGGAAACAGAGGCUUCAAAAGCUUGAGAAACUGUAUGCAGACAUGGCAUUGCAAAAGGAAUUGAAGAAACCUGGACGCAAGAGGAAACUCCGUGAAGAUGAGAUGGAGACUCCAACAUCACAGCCUGUUUAUAAGUGGCGAGCACAAAGGAAGCAGUGAGAUGAUAUGAAUGGCCGACAAAUGAAAUGAAGUAUUAGCUGUGGAAGUACUGGUACCGGCAAAUGGAUGCUGGCGCUUGAAGAGUUUUUCCUGAACCCUGAAGCACUUACCUGUAACAGCGGCCCUCCACGAGUACUGCAACUACUGUAUCUCUGUUUGCUAAAUUGUUGGGCAACCGGAAUUAGGAUAAGCUGUAAGAACAACUUUGAUGUAUAUGACAAAUCGGAACCUGUAUGGUUCAAUUCACUGGGUCAUGUCUACA